UAAUGUAUGGGUUAAAAAGGGCAUCUGAGCUCAUCUACUGGAACUCUUUGCCCAGGGAGCCACUUAUUUUAGUUUAUUACAAGUUGAAAAAGUUUGUGUAAGGCAGAGAAAGUUAAUUCUGAAGAAAGAUUAAGCAACAGUUUGUGUGUAAUAUUUGUAUAUACCAUGAACAAGCAAUAUUUUGUCUGCUUUUUUAACCAUUUAGCUGACAGAGCUUGAAGUGUUAGAAAUAUGACAAAGAUCAUAUUAGAAUUCUCUAAAUAAUAUGAACCUUAUCUGACCUCAAAUUUCCAUUCAAUGAUUUAAAUAUGAUUAAAAGGUAGUAUAUAAUUACUGUAAAUUUACAUUAAUAUAGUACAUCAAAUGAAGGCAGAGUAACUUUCCCUAGUCUCUUUCUAGUGACCUUCAGACAGUGACAUGUGACUGGCUAUCUUUGUGUGAAGUGUCAGAUUUAUGUUCUCUGCAUACAUCCAAUUUCUAGUGACCAACAGAAAGAUCUCCCAAAUAGUCACCCACAAUGUUUAAAUAUACUAUAAUUUUAAAAUCAUUGUCAUUAGUUCUUCGUGACUAAGAAAUGCAUUUACCAAAAAUGUCUUUCAGCUCCACUAAUUAGAAUAACUAUGGUUGUCAAAACAUGGAAAUAUUCUCAACUUUUAACUCAUGGCAAAAUUGCAGAGAAUUACAUAUAGAAUGAGUAAACAGUUCAUACUUAAUGACACAUCAGAGAACUAUAUAUUACAGCUUUAUUAUAAGCGCUACUUGCAAUACUGAGCUUUAUAUAAGAGCUCUAUAUGUUUAGUUCAGAGGUCCCCAACCUUUUGGUUAUCGGACGGGUUCCAUGGAGAAAGGUUUUUCCAUAGACCGGAGAGUGCACGGUUUUGUGUGCUGUCUGCAUCCCACGGAUGGGGCUUUGCUUGUUUGUGCGGACCAGAUGCUGCGGACCGGGGGUUGGGGACCCCUUGUUUAGUUCUUUACAGGGGAGAUAAACCCCAAUUGCAGAAUAUGGCUGUUCCACUUCUGUCCUAAACAUAGUACUAGCAGAGAAUGUCUUGCUAAUUUUAUUUUAGUUAUUUUUCACAUAAUACAUGUUCAGAAUUUCAACAUGAAGGUCCCAGCAUUUAGGAACAUAGAAGCGGGGAGAGGAAUUAACCCUCCCCCAAAAGACACCAAAGCAUAAUAUAUAUUCUUCAUACCAAAGUUAAGUUCUAAUUGUAAAAUCCAACAUAUCUGUAGAAAAUGCAACAAUCUCACUGGAAUGGAGGAAUAUUGCAUACACAUAUUAUGUCCCUUAAUUGGAAUUAAAGGUGCUUUUUUGAUAGCUCCAAUUGUGCAGAAAGCUAGUUACAAGCAAUCAGAAGUUACAAUAGGCUUACUUCAUUUCAGUAGUAAGACUGUAGUGACGUCAAUCAACUUUCUGCUGGUUGUGCUGUAAGUUUUUGAAAGUCAUCUAUCCUAUUAGAAACCUGUCCCCCACUCAAAUAUAGACAUCUAAGCUCUAUAGAUCCUGGGACUUAACAGAUUCGCAUUUCCACACCUUGCUCCAACAUAUUUGGUGGGAAUUACUAUCAUUAUUCCAAGUUCAGAUGGAAAACACCCAUGAGAAGGAUAACCUUGAUAGGCAAUAAACAAAUGUUAGUAAAUCUGUAUUUUAACUAAUAGUUUCAAUGUCUGUCCACUACAAAGCUGUGCUAAAAGGUCCAUCAUGGGUUAUCAAAGCUCUCCCAGAGUAUAGCCCAAUUUAUAUAUAAAAAAAGCUUGAUGAUCGCCUGUGUGGUAAGAGUGAGCGGCAUCUCUAUUCUUCCGCAAGGAAUCAACGAAGCCAAGCAAAUGAAACAAGAAUAAGGUUCGGCCCGGGCGAGGACGGAACACGAUCACGCUACCUCCGGUCUCGAGUUAUAAUGGGCAGAAAGAGGAAGCCCGGAGUCACUCGUGACGCGAGAAGGGAAGGAAAAAGCCAGGAACGGCGUUCUCCGCAGCGCCCCCUCCGGCCGCGUUGUCGCGCUGCUUCUGAGUCCGCUUCGGCCUGACUUGAAGCCUGGCGGAGUCCUCCUCCUCUUCCUCCUCUUCCUCUCGUGUGUGUGUGUGUGUGUGUGUCUGUGUGUGUCUGUGUAUGUGUGUUGCUCCGUCUGUCUCCUCCCCCACCCCUCAGCUUCUGCCGGGAGGAUCAAGAUGGACGGGGUGCGACGCUGUCUGGCGGCGGACUAAGAAAAGGCCUCUGAAAACUGAGGAGCGGCGGCGGCAGCGGCGGCAGGGGAAGCCCGGGCGCCGAGGUGAAGAGUGCAAAGCCAUUGGAUUUCUUCAGAAUAGAAGAUUAAUUAGGCCCAAGCUAUUUGACUGGAUUUAAAAAAGAAUUUUGGUUUCUUUUUAAUUUAAGAACAGACAGUACUUUAAAAUCAUGGCAGAUGUGGACCCAGAUACAUUGCUUGAAUGGCUGCAGAUGGGUCAGGGGGAUGAAAGAGACAUGCAGCUAAUAGCACUGGAGCAGUUAUGUAUGCUGCUGCUGAUGUCAGACAAUGUGGAUCGGUGCUUUGAAACAUGCCCCCCUCGUACUUUUUUGCCAGCACUAUGUAAAAUUUUUCUUGAUGAAAGUGCUCCUGACAAUGUAUUGGAGGUAACAGCUCGUGCCAUAACUUAUUAUUUGGAUGUAUCAGCAGAAUGCACUCGACGGAUCGUGGGAGUAGAUGGUGCUAUCAAAGCACUUUGUAAUCGUUUAGUAGUUGUGGAACUUAACAACAGAACUAGUAGAGACUUAGCUGAGCAAUGUGUAAAGGUGUUGGAACUUAUCUGUACCCGUGAAUCUGGUGCUGUGUUUGAAGCUGGAGGGUUGAACUGUGUGCUGACAUUUAUUCGUGAUAGCGGGCAUCUUGUUCAUAAAGAUACUUUACAUUCUGCUAUGGCUGUGGUAUCCAGACUUUGUGGAAAAAUGGAACCACAGGAUUCUUCUCUAGAGAUCUGUGUUGAAUCCCUUUCAAGUCUAUUAAAACAUGAAGAUCAUCAGGUUUCUGAUGGUGCACUGAGAUGUUUUGCUUCACUAGCUGAUAGAUUUACUCGCCGUGGAGUUGAUCCAGCACCAUUAGCCAAACAUGGACUAACUGAAGAGCUGUUAUCUCGUAUGGCUGCAGCAGGUGGUACUGUUUCAGGACCAUCUUCAGCAUGUAAACCUGGCCGGAGUAGCACAGGGGCACCAACUGCAACAGCAGACUCUAAAUUAAGUAAUCAGGUGUCAACUAUAGUAAGCCUGUUAUCAACUCUCUGCAGAGGCUCUCCGGUAGUAACACACGAUCUCCUAAGAUCUGAGCUUCCAGAUUCUAUAGAAAGUGCAUUGCAGGGCGAUGAAAGAUGUGUACUUGAUACCAUGCGUUUGGUAGAUCUUCUUCUGGUAUUACUGUUUGAAGGACGGAAAGCAUUGCCAAAAUCAAGUGCUGGGUCCACAGGAAGAAUCCCAGGACUUCGUAGAUUGGAUAGUACUGGGGAACGUUCCCACCGGCAAUUGAUAGAUUGCAUUCGUAGUAAAGAUACUGAUGCUCUAAUAGAUGCUAUUGACACAGGAGCUUUUGAAGUAAAUUUUAUGGAUGAUGUAGGACAGACCCUCUUAAACUGGGCCUCAGCUUUUGGAACUCAAGAAAUGGUUGAAUUUCUCUGUGAACGGGGUGCUGAUGUGAAUAGGGGUCAAAGAUCAUCAUCUUUACAUUAUGCAGCAUGUUUUGGAAGACCACAGGUAGCAAAGACUCUUUUGAGACAUGGUGCUAAUCCAGAUUUGAGAGAUGAAGAUGGAAAGACUCCUUUGGACAAAGCUCGUGAAAGAGGACAUAGUGAAGUAGUUGCUAUUCUUCAGUCUCCAGGUGACUGGAUGUGUCCAGUUAACAAAGGAGAUGAAAAGAAAAAGAAAGAUGCCAACAAAGAUGAAGACGAAUCAAAUGAGCCCAAAGGUGAUCCAGAAAUGGCACCAAUAUACUUGAAAAGACUGUUACCUGUGUUUGCACAGACAUUCCAGCAAACUAUGCUGCCUUCAAUAAGAAAAGCUAGUCUUGCUCUCAUCAGAAAAAUGAUUCACUUUUGUUCUGAAGCUCUUCUCAAAGAGGUUUGUGACUCAGACGCUGGACAUAAUUUACCUACAAUAUUGGUUGAGAUUACUGCUACUGUUCUAGAUCAAGAGGCCAGCUCCACAGCUCAUAUCGGACCUGAUUGCUCGGCACCAGUAUCGUCGACCACUCUUGACUCGGAGGCGGACCCGGUCUUCACCGAACCGGAUGAUGAUGAUGGCCAUUUAUUAGCUUUGCAGAUCAUAAGAGAUUUGGUGGAUAAAGGAGGUGAUCUUUUCUUGGACCAACUUGCUAGACUUGGUGUAAUAAGUAAAGUAUCAUCUUUGGCUGGACCAUCUUCAGAUGAUGAGAAUGAAGAAGAGUCUAAACCAGAGAAAGAAGAUGAACCUCAAGAAGAUGCCAAAGAAUUGCAGCAGGGUAAACCCUAUCACUGGAGAGAUUGGUCAAUUAUUAGAGGAAGGGACUGCCUAUAUAUUUGGAGUGAUGCUGCAGCCCUGGAACUUUCAAAUGGAAGCAAUGGAUGGUUCAGAUUUAUUUUGGAUGGGAAGCUAGCUACAAUGUAUUCCAGCGGUAGUCCUGAAGGAGGAUCUGACAGUUCAGGAAUUGCCUCCCUAAAUAGUAAAGGAUGUAAACAGGUGGAAGGUGAAAGCCGAAGUGAAUUUUUAGAGAAGUUACAGCGGGCUCGGAGUCAGGUAAAGCCAUCCACAACCAGCCAGCCAAUUUUAUCAGCUCCAGGACCUGCUAAACUUACAGUAGGAAAUUGGUCUCUUACCUGUCUAAAGGAAGGAGAAAUUGCUAUUCAUAAUUCAGAUGGUCAGCAAGCUACAAUCUUAAAAGAAGAUCUACCAGGUUUUGUUUUUGAGUCCAAUAGAGGAACUAAACACUCAUUUACAGCUGAAACUUCUUUAGGAUCAGAAUUUGUGACUGGUUGGACUGGAAAAAGGGGAAGAAAACUAAAAUCCAAGUUGGAAAAAACAAAACAAAAGGUACGAACUAUGGCCAGAGACUUAUAUGAUGAUCAUUUUAAAGCGGUUGAAAGUAUGCCUAGAGGUGUAGUUGUAACGCUCAGGAAUAUAGCAACUCAAUUAGAGUCUUCAUGGGAACUUCAUACAAACAGACAGUUUAUUGAGGGAGAAAACACUUGGCGAGAUUUAAUGAAGACUGCUCUGGAAAAUUUAAUUGUCCUGCUGAAAGAUGAAACUACAAUUUCACCAUAUGAAAUGUGCAGCAGUGGCUUGGUGCAGGCUCUCCUUACUGUAUUGAAUAAUAAUAUGGAUUACGAUUUGAAACAAGACUGUAGUCAAUUAGUGGAAAGAAUAAAUGUGUUAAAGACAGCUUUCAGUGAAAAUGAAGAUGAUGAAAGUCGUCCAGCAGUUGCAUUAAUUCGGAAAUUGAUAGCAGUACUUGAAUCUAUUGAACGGCUUCCGUUACAUUUGUAUGAUUCACCAGGAUCAUCAUAUAAUCUCCAGAUACUAACAAGACGGCUACGAUUUCGCUUGGAACGUGCUUCCGGGGAAACAGCUUUGAUAGACCGAACGGGUCGAAUGUUGAAAAUGGAGCCUUUGGCAACAGUAGAAUCUUUAGAACAAUAUCUUCUUAAAAUGGUGGCAAAGCAGUGGUAUGACUUCGAUAGAGCUUCGUUUGUUUUUGUACGAAAACUACGGGAAGGUCAGACAUUUAUUUUCAGACAUCAGCAUGAUUUUGAUGAAAAUGGAAUUAUUUACUGGAUUGGAACAAAUGCCAAAACAGCAUAUGAGUGGGUAAAUCCAGCUGCCUAUGGACUAGUUGUAGUUACAUCUUCAGAAGGAAGAAAUCUGCCCUAUGGUCGUUUAGAAGACAUCUUAAGCCAUGAGAGUUCAGCUUUAAACUGUCAUACUAAUGAUGAUAAAAAUGCAUGGUUUGCAAUAGAUCUUGGUCUUUGGGUGAUACCAUCAGCUUACACACUGCGCCAUGCUCGUGGUUAUGGACGAUCGGCUCUCAGAAAUUGGGUUUUUCAAGUUUCUAAGGACGGACAGAACUGGACUACUUUAUACACUCAUGUUGAUGACUGUAGUCUAAAUGAACCUGGUUCAACGGCAACCUGGCCACUAGAGUCACCAAAGGAUGAAAAACAAGGUUGGAGGCAUAUAAGAAUUAAACAGAUGGGAAAGAAUGCCAGUGGGCAGACACACUAUCUCUCCCUGUCAGGAUUUGAACUUUAUGGCACUGUCAGUGGUGUGUGCGAAGAUCAGUUAGGAAAAGCAGCUAAAGAAGCAGAGGCUAAUCUGCGAAGGCAGAGAAGACUGAUUCGUUCUCAGGUUCUGAAAUACAUGGUUCCAGGUGCUCGUGUCAUCAGAGGAAUUGACUGGAAAUGGAGAGAUCAAGAUGGUAGCCCCCAAGGGGAAGGCACUGUUACAGGUGAAUUACAUAAUGGCUGGAUUGAUGUCACCUGGGAUGCUGGUGGCUCUAACUCUUACCGUAUGGGCGCAGAAGGAAAAUUUGACCUCAAGCUUGCCCCAGGGUACGACCCUGAUUCAGCGGCAUCACCCAAACCUGUUUCAUCCACUGUUUCAGGCACAACGCAGUCAUGGAGCAGCUUGGUGAAAAACAACUGUCCAGACAAGAUGACUGCUGCUGCAGGCUCCUCAAGUAGAAAAGGAAGUAGCAGUUCUGUGUGUAGCGUGGCCAGUAGCAGCGACAUCAGCUUGGGUUCGACCAAAAUGGAACGGAGAUCUGAAAAUGUAAUGGAGCAAAAUAUAGUUUCAGGCACUGACGUCCAUGAGCCAAUAGUUGUACUUUCUACUGCUGAUGGCAUGCCCCAAACUGAAGUAGGUUCAGCAUCCAGUGCAAGUACCAGCACCUUAACAGCAGAUGUGGGCAAUGAAAAUGUUGAAAGAAAGCUAGGACCUGACAACUCAAUCCGUGCGACUGGGGAAUCCAAUGCCAUAUCCAUGGGAAUUGUUAGUGUGAGUUCUCCAGACGUUAGUUCGGUAUCUGAGCUAACUAAUAAAGAAGCUGCUUCCCAAAGACCCCUUAGUUCUUCAGCAAGUAACAGACUAUCAGUGAGUUCACUGCUGGCUGCUGGAGCUCCAAUGAGUUCCAGUGCAAGUGUUCCUAAUUUAUCUUCGCGGGAAACCUCUAGUUUGGAGUCCUUUGUCCGGAGAGUGGCAAAUAUAGCUCGCACCAAUGCUACUAACAACAUGAAUUUAAGCCGAAGUAGCAGUGAUAACAGCACUAAUACUUUGGGAAGAAAUGUCAUGAGCACUGCAACUUCUCCUCUAAUGGGUGCCCAAAGUUUUCCUAAUCUGACUACAACUGGUACCACCUCAACAGUGACCAUGUCUACAUCCAGUGUUACUAGCAGCAACAAUGUAGCCACAGCAACUACAGUUUUAUCUGUUGGUCAGUCACUUAGUAACACUCUAACUACUAGCCUAACAUCAACAUCUAGUGAGAGCGAUACAGGUCAGGAAGCAGAAUAUUCUUUAUAUGAUUUCCUUGAUAGUUGCCGGGCUAGUACUCUGUUGGCUGAAUUAGAUGAUGAUGAAGAUCUACCAGAGCCAGACGAGGAGGAUGAUGAAAAUGAAGAUGACAAUCAAGAAGAUCAGGAAUACGAAGAAGUAAUGGAAGAAGAGGAGUAUGAAACAAAAGGAGGACGUAGAAGGACAUGGGAUGAUGAUUAUGUGUUAAAACGCCAAUUUUCUGCUCUAGUACCUACUUUUGAUCCAAGACCUGGCCGUACUAAUGUGCAGCAAACAACUGAUUUAGAAAUUCCUCCCCCAGGAACACCUCAUUCGGAACUUCUAGAAGAAGUUGAAUGUAUGCCAUCACCACGUUUAGCACUUAUCUUGAAAGUUACAGGACUCGGUACAACUCGUGAAGUUGAGCUACCCUUAACAAAUUUCCGUUCAACUAUAUUUUACUACGUACAAAAAUUGCUGCAGCUUUCUUGCAAUGGCAGUGUGAAAUCAGAUAAACUUAGGCGAAUAUGGGAACCAACAUACACAAUUGUAUACAAAGAAAUGAAGGAUUCUGAUAAAGAAAAAGACAGUGGGAAAAUGGGUUGCUGGUCAAUAGAGCAUGUGGAGCAGUAUCUUGGCACUGAUGACUUACCAAAGAAUGAUUUGAUAACCUACCUGCAGAAGAAUGCGGAUUCAGCCUUUCUGCGUCACUGGAAAUUAACUGGCACUAAUAAAAGCAUUAGGAAAAACAGAAAUUGUUCUCAACUCAUAGCCGCUUACAAGGAUUUUUGUGAGCAUGGAUCAAAAUCUAAUUUGAAUCAGGGAGCGAUUUCCACGCUUCAAAAUUCAGACAUUCUUAGUUCAAUUAAAGAACAACCUCAAGCCAAAGCUGGUAAUGGACAGAAUUCCUGUGGAGUAGAGGAUGUUCUGCAAUUACUGCGUAUUCUCUACAUUGUUGCAAGUGACCCUUGUUCUCCUCGAACUUUGCAAGAAGAAGGAGAUGAACAGCUUCAGUUUAAUUUUCCACCAGAUGAAUUUACAAGCAAAAAAAUUACCACAAAAAUUCUUCAACAGAUUGAGGAACCAUUAGCAUUAGCAAGUGGAGCUUUACCAGACUGGUGUGAACAGAUAACUAGCAAGUGUCCUUUCUUAAUCCCGUUUGAAACUAGACAACUGUAUUUCACGUGCACAGCAUUUGGAGCAUCAAGAGCUAUUGUGUGGCUGCAGAAUCGACGUGAGGCAACUGUUGAGCGAACACGAACUGCAAGUACUGUACGAAGAGAUGAUCCAGGAGAAUUCAGAGUUGGGCGCCUUAAACACGAAAGAGUCAAAGUUCCACGUGGUGAAUCCUUGAUGGAAUGGGCAGAAAAUGUUAUGCAGAUUCAUGCAGAUAGAAAGUCAGUUCUGGAGGUGGAGUUUUUAGGGGAAGAAGGAACAGGAUUAGGACCUACUUUGGAAUUUUAUGCAUUAGUAGCAGCAGAAUUCCAAAGAACAGAAUUGGGAGCUUGGCUCUGUGAUGAUGAUUUUCCAGAUGAUGAAUCACGACAGGUUGAUAUUGGCGGUGGAUUGAAACCUCCAGGAUACUAUGUACAGCGCUCUUGUGGGCUCUUCACGGCACCGUUCCCACAGGAUAGUGAUGAACUUGAAAGAAUCACUAAACUGUUUCAUUUUCUUGGGAUUUUCUUAGCUAAAUGUAUCCAGGACAAUAGACUUGUAGACCUGCCAAUUUCUAAGCCUUUUUUUAAACUCAUGUGCAUGGGUGAUAUUAAAAGCAAUAUGAGUAAACUGAUUUAUGAAUCACGGGGUGACAGAGACUUGCACUGCACUGAAAGUCAAUCAGAAGCCUCUACAGAGGAGGGACAUGAUUCCCUAUCAGUAGGAAGUUUUGAAGAAGAUUCCAAAUCUGAAUUUAUUCUUGACCCACCAAAACCUAAGCCUCCAGCAUGGUUUAAUGGAAUCCUAACAUGGGAAGAUUUUGAACUGGUAAACCCUCACAGAGCAAGAUUUUUAAAAGAAAUUAAAGAUCUUGCAAUUAAGAGACGUCAAAUAUUAAGCAACAAGGGCCUUUCAGAAGAUGAAAAAAAUACUAAACUUCAAGAACUUAUGAUGAAGAACCCAUCAGGUUCUGGACCUCCACUUAGCAUAGAAGAUUUAGGUCUUAAUUUCCAGUUUUGCCCUUCAUCCAGAGUCUAUGGCUUUACAGCAGUGGAUCUCAAGCCUGGUGGAGAAGAUGAGUUGGUAACUAUGGAUAAUGCAGAAGAAUAUGUGGACUUGAUGUUUGAUUUCUGCAUGCACACUGGCAUACAGAAACAAAUGGAUGCUUUCAGAGAUGGCUUCAACCGAGUCUUUCCAAUGGAAAAGCUAAGUUCCUUUAGCUAUGAAGAAGUUCAGAUGAUUCUUUGUGGUAAUCAGUCGCCAUCCUGGGCAGCUGAAGAUAUAAUCAACUACACAGAACCUAAACUUGGGUACACUCGAGACAGCCCUGGGUUCCUGAGAUUUGUAAGAGUUUUAUGUGGCAUGUCUUCAGAUGAAAGAAAAGCAUUCCUCCAAUUCACAACUGGCUGUUCAACACUUCCCCCAGGAGGAUUGGCUAACCUACAUCCCCGUCUCACUGUUGUACGCAAGGUUGAUGCUACAGAUGCAAGUUACCCAUCUGUGAAUACCUGUGUGCAUUAUCUUAAAUUGCCUGAGUAUUCCUCUGAAGAGAUUAUGCGAGAGCGCCUCCUAGCUGCUACCAUGGAGAAAGGCUUUCAUCUCAACUGAACUGGUGUGUCUGAAAUGGGAUAUCUCAAACUGGUUUUGCAUUCAUACCUAGUGAAGCCUCCUGUGUUGUUGUGCAGAAAAUACAAUCUCCAUGCUGUACUCAAAUGAGACUUGCCUUUUCCCCCUAUCCAUGAGGCUUUGGAAACACAUGGAAUAAUUUUGUUAGCUGCUAAUGUCAAAACAAAUCCCAAUUAAUUACACAGCCAGCAAGAAAAAGGCAAGAACAAUGUGUGAUGCUUCCAAGGGCUUGUGCAACCAGAUGCUGAAGCAAAUGUUUGACUGUUCCAAAGAGCAGAUCUGAAGAUUUCCAGUGUUUACUGAUUCAAGAUUUAUAACAAUGCAUUUGUGUAAAGUCUACCGUUUAAUAUCCUGUACACUACAGUUCCAUCAUUGAUCCUUGUUUUUGCUGGCUUUAAGCUAAAUGGUCAGAAACUUGCUUCCUUAACUUAGUCAAUGGGCAUCUCAAGCUUUCUUUCCUUUCUUUAAUGGUGCCUGCACUGUUGGAGUAUUCUAGUGUUGGGGUAGGGUAUUGGCAUAUAAUCAUGCACAACCGUUUAUUAUUAUUUCAAGUGGAAAUAUAUUUUGAUUUCUAAAUACCCUGCUAUAAAGAUCCAAAUCCUCAAAUGUGUGUUCAUGUAUGUAUGUGUGUGUGUGUGCGCGUGUAACUCAACAAUAAAGCUUUUAAAAGACACUGGUUACUGGUGCAAGGCCCAUUUAAAGCAAGUUUUACUUUAUGUUGUAUUUCCUUUGUAUAUUAAAACAUUUAUUUAACUUGUUGCAGUUUGAAGUUUAAAAAGGAGAUUUUCAUUGUGUAUGCUCAACAAUAAUCAUUAAAAUGUUUGCAGCCUA